CUCGGAUUGAUUUAGUAGCAGCUAAUGUAAAACCGGCAAUUCGCCACACGCGCUGCAGCUGCCAGUAUCUGAGCUAAAGUCUCACGGCUACCGGCACGGGAGGUGAUUCGUUAAAAUCACUUCAAACUCAAUCUCAAAUAUAAAUUACUGAUUCCCUCCGGUUGAAACCAGUUGACCAAAGAAAUGGUGAUGGAGAAGCCAAGUGCCCAGCUUGUCGGGCGAGAGUUUGUCCGACAGUACUACACCCUGCUGAACCAGGCUCCUGAUUACCUGCACAGGUUUUAUGGCAAGAACUCCUCUUAUGUUCACGGUGGUCUGGACGGUAAUGGCAAACAAGCUGAAGCAGUCUUUGGGCAGUCGGAAAUCCAUAAAAAGGUCAUGGCUCUGAGCUUCCGAGAUUGCCACACUAAGAUAAGGCAUGUGGAUGCCCAUGCCACCCUGAACGAGGGAGUGGUGGUGCAGGUCAUGGGCGAGCUGUCCAAUAACAUGCAGCCCAUGAGGAAGUUCAUGCAGACGUUUGUUUUGGCACCUGAGGGCACUGUUGCAAAUAAGUUCUACGUACACAAUGAUAUAUUCCGGUACCAGGAUGAAGUAUUUGGCGACUCUGACUCUGAACCUCCUGAGGAGUCUGAGGAGGAUGUGGAUGAGCUGGAGCGGGACCAUUCACCUGAGGUGGUCCAGGAAGAGCCUGCUUCAUACUAUGAACAGUCACCUUGUGUGGAGCCUGAGGUGGUGCAGGAAGAGGUGGCUGUAACCCCAGAGCCCCAGCCUGAGCCAGAAGAAGAGGUGGAGCCUGAGCCAGCAGCUGUAGAGUUGAAACAGGAGCCUGUCAGUCAACCUGAGGCUCAUGCUGAGGAAAAGACUCAAAGAUCUCCCCCUUCACCCACGCCUGCUGACACCGCGCCUGCCAUGCCAGAGGACAACCGGCCAUCCUCAUGGGCUUCAGUCACAAGCAAGAAUCUCCCACCGGGUGGAGUGGUCCCUGCCACAGGUGUCCCUCCACAUGUUGUCAGAGUCCCAUCAGCUCAGCCGCGUGUUGAGGUGAAAGCAGAAACACAGACCACAGCACAGAGACCCCAGAGAGACCAGAGACCACGUGACCAAAGACCAGGACCGUCUCCAGCUCACAGAACACCUAGGCCAGGAGGUCCGCAAACACUGCGGGAAGGAGAAGGUGGUGAGUCAGAGGUGAGGAGAACAGUCCGGUAUCCUGAUAGCCAACAGCUUUUUGUUGGAAACGUACCCCAUGAUGUGGAUAAGACAGAGCUUAAGGAAUUCUUUGAACAAUAUGGCACAGUCUUGGAGUUGAGAAUUAACAGCGGUGGCAAGCUGCCUAACUUUGGAUUUGUGGUGUUCGAUGAUUCUGAGCCAGUGCAGAAGAUUCUCAGCAAUCGGCCCAUAAGAAACUAUAAUCUCCUAUCGUAUUCACAGGAAUCCGAUCAGAGAGUGCAGUAG